AAACAAAACCGCGGCUUUAACAAUCGACGGAUCAUUCUUAAUCGCAGCGCUCUGUUUGUUUGUGUGUUUGUGUGCUGCACGUCACACACCGCUACAUCCUUCGUAACAGGUUACCGAAGAAAUCUUCAAGAACACACCGAGAUACAACACGUUACGUAACUCGUUCGACGUAAAGCAGGCGAAAAAGAUACAAAAAAUUGGAACGUCAAACAGCUUUACUCAUUUAGUCGAUCGAUCGGUAAGACGGCAGCUACUCCAAACUAAAAGCGGGCAGAUCAUUGCGUUUUGAAUCAAAUCCGAGCGGCAUUUCGAGUGAAAGUGGCGACGAUGGCGUCGAUCGUGCCCAAGAUUAUAUUUGUUCCUGUAAACGCUGCUGUUAAAGAGACUCUGUUGUCGGACAUGAAGGAAAUGCCCACGGUCCAGUUGGGCGACAACUACACACUUCAAAUAGAACUGGACGAAUUGAAACCGGAAGUGAAAGAAAUCGCUAGGAAAGAGUUGAGGGAAACACCGGAAGUAGUAGAAGCAGCCGUUAAAGAGCUUAGAGAACUUUUAAAAGAAGAGACAGACCUUCAUGUGCCCUUAGAAAAAGACAUUUGGCUCAUUAGAUUUUUAAGACCUACCAAGUUUUAUCCAGAAAGUGCCAGAGAUUUGAUCAAAAGGUACUACAGGUUCAAGCGGAAACACUCCGAUUCUUACGAUGGAUUGAUGCCCAGUAGAGAGAAAAAUAUCUUCCAACAAAAUAUUCUUAUAGUACAACCCACCAGGGAUCAACUAGGCCGUAGAAUUUUAAUCAUAGAAUUAGGAAAAAAAUGGAAGACUAGCGAAGUAACACUAGAAGAAGUAUUCAAGGGCUGCGUGCUGUUCCUCGAAGCCGCCAUGUUGGAACCGGAAAGCCAAGUGUGCGGAGCAAUUGUCAUUUUUGACAUGGACGGUCUCAGUUUAUCGCAAGUGUCAAAAUUCACGCCCUCGUUUGCGGGAAAAAUUGUAGAGUGGUUACAGGACAGCGUACCACUAAGAAUAAAGAACAUUCACAUAGUCAACCAGCCCUACAUUUUCAAAGUAGUGUUCGCCCUAUUCAAGCCCUUCCUCAAGGAAAAACUGCGCAGCAGGAUAAUUUUCCACGGUACUGACCGCAAAUCCCUCCACCAAUACAUGGACCCUUCUUGCUUGCCACCAUGUUACGGCGGUACCUUGGAAAUGGUCAGAAUCCAGGGUAGCCAAUGGUUGGAACUGCUGGAGAAAUGCGACGAAGAAUAUAAAGCAAUUAAUAGCUACGGUUACCCCAAGAAGAUUGCCAAAUGAUAUCACCAUGCCAACUGUACCAUAAAUACGUAUUUUAAUUUUAGUUUAUACUCUAUGGAUAGUAAGGGUCUCAACUAGUGGCAUAAAGUUUAUUUUUUAUAUUGUUAAUCACGUAUUUAUUGUGAUAUAGAUUUUUAUAAGAAUGUAUGUGUAUAUAAGUAACUAGUUUUAUACCGUUUGUUUUUUUAACUUGUUUGUUAAAGUGAUUUUUACAACAAAUAAAUACCAUAUGAUCGAAA